AUGUGGUUCAUUUCUUUCGUCUCUAGCUUGCUACUACUGUUCUUUCCUGUUAUAGGGGCUACUGGGAAUGGCGAGAAAAUCAACCGCCAACGCGUUGUCCAUAAUUUCAACCCUGUUCGCACCAACCUGUCGAGUACAACGCCCAUCCAGGUUGGCAACGGAAACUUUGCCUUUGGGGCUGAUAUCACUGGUCUUCAAACUAUUCUUCCUUAUAAUAUUCUCUCUUCAUGGUGUUGGUGUAAUGACUCUCUCCCUAAAGUUCCAGGGCAGGAAAAUCCAUCCGGCUUUACUGGUCUGGACUGGUGGACCCAAGGGAGAUUAGUCAAUUAUGAUAUGCCAAACCCUGCUGAGGACGUUAUCUCUACCUGGCUGAGAGCAAACCCGCAUCGCGUCAACCUAGGAAGGAUUGGCUUUCUCUACGACAGAGAGAACAUCUCACUGGCGGAUUUAUCAGAGAUGUCGCAAACCCUAGAUCUCUACAAUGGGAUUCUAAGCUCGGAAUUCGUUAUUGGUGCUGAAAAGGUCGUCGUACAAACUAUAAGCAGCCCAAACACAGAUACAUUGGCUGUUCAGGUUGAUUCAGAGCUUCUACGUAGUGGCAAGCUUAGUGUUUUCUUCGAUUAUCCUCUGACAACUGGCGCGUCGUCAUUUGAGGCCCCGUUUGUAGGCAACUGGGAUGCCGUGUCUAAUCACACAACAAAGAUGUCAUCUCCAAAGCCUGGGCAUGCAGUUAUUGAACAUAAUCUCGGGGGAACUACUUACUACAAUAUCAUUUCAUGGUUUUCAGGUGGACACCUCACAGGCCCCAUAACAGGCACUCACCGAUAUGUUCUCCAGCCUUCCCGGAAAAAUACAAUUUCGUUCAUCUCCACAUAUUCUCCAGACCAAGUGCAUGAAUAUGGGUCGUUCGUGGACCUCACAGUGACUCAAGACGCGGAUGCUAAGGAGCUCCAGCGACGAACUAUCCUUUCACAAUAUCUGCUAGCCGUGAACUCUGCUGGCAAUGAUCCUCCUCAGGAGUCUGGUCUUCAGAACAAUGGCUGGUACGGUAAGUUCCACAUGGAAAUGGUCUUCUGGCAUUUAGGCCACUGGGCCAGGCGGGGGAAAUGGGAUCUUCUCAACCGCAGCUUGGGGGUCUAUAGCCAUUUCCUUCCAUCCUCAAUUGAACGUGCUCAGGAGCAAGGGUAUAAGGGUGCACGUCUCGGCAAGAUAAGCGACCCGUCUGGACGUUCAGCACCUGGAGAGAUCAACGCCUUGCUUAUCUGGCAGCAGCCGCAUGCAAGGUAUUUCGCUGAGCUCGAGUACCGCUCCUUUCCCACCAUGAAGACACUCAAGAAGUGGGAUUAUAUCCUCACAGAGCUCGCUGAGUUUAUGGUUUCGUAUGUGUGGUGGAGCACAUCAACCAAUGUCUACGAUCUAGGGCCUCCUCUCUACCCCUCGUCUGAGAAUACCAAUCCUAACACUACGUAUAAUCCAACUUUUGAGCUAGCAUAUUGGCGUUUGGGUUUGAAGAUUGCAUCCACGUGGAAACUACGGCAAAAUGAGCCUGUUCCCACUGAAUGGACGCACGUGCAUGAAAAUCUAGCUGCUCUCCCCACCACUGACGGAGCCUACGCUAUCAGCGCAAACCUUCCAGAUAUGUGGACUACCUAUGACUAUAUUUCAGAUCACCCUAGUCAAAUUGCAGUCUAUGGUUUGCUGCCCCCAACACCAGGCGUCAAUAUUACUGCUGUCGGCGCAACGAUGGAAAAGAUUUCGCAGGUGUGGAAUCUGACCAACCCUGUCUUUCAGUUUGAUGACGUAGGGAACCCUCUUGGUGGAACACGAGUGCCAACACCGUAUUUUCCUGCUUCAUCUUCCAUGAUGCUAGCGAUUGCAAUGAUGGCUGGCGGAUGGGAUGGAAGCGAGGGGCCUCAUUUCCCUGCUGGGUGGAAUGUUAAGGUAGAAGGGUUUGUACCAGGUCUUUAAGUCAAGAUUAUUCGGAUUCAUUUGCUCUAGUGUAGCCACAGACUACACGCACUUGCAGAUUUGCUAUCAAGAAGCUAUGUGUGUGGGUCAUCGUUCUCCAUGUUAAAUAUUGACUAUUGUUUUAAAAUAUCUAUAGUUGGUUUCUUUCUCUGUUCCUUGAGUUUGGAGAGAGAGAGAGAGGUACAUCCGUUGAUGCUAG